AUGACAAACCACUACCCACCAAUCCCCUUCCUCCCCUCCCUCCUCGACCUCAACCUCAACCUCACCUUCAGCAACGACACCACAACAACAACCACCCUCUUAACCCUCCUCACAAUCCCCCUCCUCCUCUUCCUCUCCCACACAAUCCGCAAAGAUUAUGCUGCCUUCAUCGCCCUCGGCCCCGGCGGCGUGCCCCAAUCCCCAAAAGGCUACAUUGGCUUCUGCUGUCUCCGCCCCUUCGCCCUCCGCAAUCCCUUCGAACCACCUCGCCUACCCCCGACGCUCUAUCCACAAGAUGGAUAUCUUGCAUCCGACGCGCUACCGACACGGAAGGGCCCUCGACCGGUAGUCAAGGGGAUAGCGCCGCAGCGGCAGUUAACACAGCAGGGCAACCAGACGACGUAUGAAAUGCUGAGCCAGGAGUUGUUGACUCUGGUGCGGAUGCAUACGCAUACGCAUGGGUUAUACACGGAUACGUCGUGUUUUGAGAAACACAGCGUGGGGGUGUUUGUUGCGGAGAAGUUCAGGUCCCGCGUGACUUGUAAUGGGGAGGUGUGUCAUGCGCAUCCGAGUGAUGGGAGCAUGCAUUUGUGUCUGCAUCCGGCGGAUGUCAAGGUGUUUCUGGUCAAGGGAUGGGGACAGAGGCAUCCCAUCGCGCGGGAGAAAAGCUGGUGGUGGCGGGUGUUGAGGACGGGGAAGAGGAAGUUGCCGCCGAAUUUCGUGAUGGUGUAUGCGCCGAGAGAUGAAAAGGAGCUGAGGGUGAUUGUCGACAUCGUGCGGGCGGCCAUCUGUUGGGUUAGUGGAAGGGGGUUGCGAUGGGAGAGGGAAUGUGUGAUGGAAGAUUGA